AUGGCCCCAGUUGCAACGGGUGAGAUCGCACCAAUGCACCUACCCGUCUACAAGUCAAAGUCUUCUUCGGUCACUGCGUCUGUCUUGUAUGGCCCGCGGGACUUGCGAUUGGAAACGAGAAGCAUAGAAGACCCGGCCGCCGGGGAGCUGCAAAUUGCCAUCAAGCGGACUGGUAUCUGCGGGUCUGAUGUCAGCUACUACAAGAAGUUCGCCAACGGCGACCUCUGCGCCUGCCACCCUCUCUCACUAGGCCACGAGUCAUCGGGAGAAGUUGUUUCCAUAGGGCCCCAGGUGACGGGCUUCAAACUUGGCGACCGCGUCGCUCUCGAGGUCGGCGUUCCUUGUGGUCAAUGCACCAUCUGUCGUAAAGGAAGAUACAACCUCUGCAAGAAGAUGAAAUUUAGGUCCAGCGCCAAGAGUGUGCCCCAUUACCAGGGAACUCUACAAGAACGGAUCAACCACCCUGCGGCAUGGUGCCACAAGAUCCCCGACCACGUCUCCUACGAGGCGGCUGCUCUCCUUGAGCCGCUUUCCGUUGCCAUUCACGCUGUCAACAGAGCCGCGCCGGAGCCUGGCUCGACAGCCUUGGUCAUUGGAGCAGGAACCGUCGGGCUUCUGACAGCUGCCAUGGCGCGCCAGGCUGGGUGUUCCGAAGUCACCAUCACCGAUGUUGAUGCCGGCCGCGUCAACUACGCAGUCGAGAAGGGCUUCGCCACCCACGGCCACAUCGUCAACACCAACUCGGGAACCUCCACCCCAGCAGACCCAGGCGUCAUGACCCCGGCGAGUAUCUUCUCAGUCCAGAGCGUUCAGAGCAAAUUCGACGGUGCCAAGUCGCUGGCCGCAGAGAUCCUCGCACUCACCAAGGUGCCAGAAGAGCUUGAUUCGGACGCCGAGGACGACGGUGUCGACGUCACGUUUGAGUGCACCGGAAAGGAGGUCUGCAUGCAUACCAGCCUAUACGCCACGAGGCCCGGCGGGAAAGUGAUCAUGGUGGGCAUGGGCACCCCCGUACAGACUCUCCCCCUUUCUGUCGCACACCUGAGGGAGAUUGAUAUCCUGGGCAUCUUUCGGUACGCCAAUACCUAUCCAACGGGCGUCCGUCUGCUCUGCGCCAAGGGCAACGCGGGGCUCCCGCCCCUCGACGACAUGGUCACGCACCGGUUCAAGGGUCUCCACAACGCGUCAAAAGCUUUUGAGCUGGCGAGUCGGACAUGCGAUGAUGAGGGGAAGCUCGUGCUCAAGGUUGUUAUUGAGGCCUGA